AUGCAGACCGCCACGAUGCUGAGGCCGCCUACGAUGUUCUCGGACAGCGAUAUGAGCGACGCUACCGUGACCGAGGCUACGCUCAUGAGCCCGCCCUCCAACUUCCACCCUCUUUUCUCAUCCUUCUCUGAAGCAGACAUCAUCCUAGGCUCCAGGGAGCGAACGCUCUUCCUCGACGAGGACACGCACACGCUCGAGGGGCUCUUCCGGAUGGCGUGCGGCCUGCCCAUCCCGCCGCUCGACAGCUACGACGAGGUCGAAGCGCUGCUGCACGCCGCGGAGAAGUACGACAUGCCUGGGCCGACGAGCAUCGUCCGCAUCGCCGUCAUGCGCCCCGCCUUCCUCUCAGAGCCGAUCCGCCUCUACGCGAUCGCGUGCAGGUACGGGUGGGCGGAGGAGGCCCGCCUCGCGAGCACGCACACGCUCACGCUGGACAUCUACGCGCCCGAGCACAAGCCCACCCUCAUGAAGCUCGGCACGCCCGCACUGCUCGGCCUCAUCGAGCUCCACCGCAGCCGCCGCGAGGCCCUCCGCCAGAGGCUCGACGAGCCGCCGUUCGUGAACGACACGGGCGACACGGCGUGCAGCCACUGCGGCUCGAUUGCGGACUACCAUACCUGGCGGAUCCUGAAGUACGCGAUCAUUCUGGAGAUGGACGUGCGGCCCGCGGGUGACACAAUUUGCAGCCAUGGGUUGCUCGAGUGGCCCGCCGCGCGCGCGUGCUGGGAUGCGCGGUGUCUGACGUGCAAUCGGGUGCUGUAUGACAAGGCGGAGACCCUCCGCGUUGUGCGAGAGUGCAUCGACGCACUACCCCAGACUGUCGAGUAA